AUGUCCAGGGUCACAGCGAGACUCUGCCAAGAAUGAGCAGCAGUGGACAGACUCGAAUCCAACAGGAAUGCCAUCAAGUAUUUGAAGCAGGACUAUGAAGCCAUGAAGCAGCAGUCCCUGAAGACUGGCACAUGUUUGUUCAAGGAUGAAGAGUUCCCAGCCAGUCUUUCUGCUCUGGGCUACCAGGACCUGGGACAAUAUUCCUUCAAAACUCAGGGGAUAAUCUGGAAGCACCCCACUGAGUUAUGUGCCAACGCCCAGUUUAUAAUUGGAGGAGCUACCCGAACACAUGUCUGCCAAGGAGAGCUGGGCAGAUUUGGAGAGACUAGAGGUAUGCUGGAGAACAAACCAAAGCCUGACAGGUCUGAGAUAGAUCUGAUGCCUGUUGAGAGAGCCUUUGAAGUGGUUUUCUGGCAGAAUGGGGAGUGGGUGGACGUGGUGGUGGAUGACAGGCUGCCCACCAAGAAUGGGAAGCUGCUCUUCGUGCACUCGAAGGAGGGCAACGAUUUCUGGAACGUGCUGCUGGAGAAGGCUUACACCAAGUUGAAUGGCUCUUAUGAAGCUCUAGCUGAAGGCUCCACUGUGGAGGGUUUUGAGGAAUUUACUGGAGGCAUCUCUGAGUCUUAUGAGCUGCGGAGGGCUCCUUCAAACAUCUGCCAAAUCAUCCAGAAGGCCCUGAGAGCUGGGUCACUGCUUGGCUACUCCACUGAUAUAACUGCUACUGCUGAAAUAGAAGCAAUCACAAGUCUGAAGCUGGUAAAUGGACAUGCUUACUCUAUCAUUGGAGCAGAGGAGGUAUAUUACUGAGGACAGCCAGAGAAACUAGCGAGGCUUAGGAAUCCCUGGGGUGAAGUAGAAUGGACUGGAUCUUGGAGUGAUAAUGGUCCUGAGUGGAAUUAUGUUGAUACCAAACAAAAACAGGCUCUGGAUAAGCAAGUAGAUGAUGGAGAGUUUUGGAUGGCAUUUUCAGAUUUCCAAAGGCAGUUUAGCUGCCUUGAGAUCUGCAAUUUGACUCCUGACACACUGACAAUCCACAAGGUCAACAAAUGGGACCUGACCAUCUUUAACGGACAGUGGAAAUGGGAUUCAUCUGCAGGCUGCCAGAACUACCAAGCAACAUACUGGACCAAUCCCCAGUUUAAAAUCCAGGUGGAUGAACCAGAUGAUGACCAUGAAGGGAGUUUGAAAGAGCCAUGCUGUACCAUGAUGGUGGGCUUGAUGCAGAAGAAUCGCAGGAGACAGAAUAGAAUGGGAGAAGGUCUUCUUAGUAUUGGUUAUUCACUCUAUCAGCUGGAAAGCAGCACAGAUGUGCAUGCAGGCCAUGCUUUCUUUGCAAAGCACCAGCCAGCAGCCCGGACUGACCCCUGUGUGAACCUUUGUGAGGUCUCCAGCCACAUGACACUGCCCUGGGGACAAUACCUCAUUGAGCCCUCCACCUUUGAGCCCUAGAAGAAAGGGGAGUUCUGCCUGAGAGUUUUUGCUGAGAAUCAGGCUAAAUCACAGAUGAUGGGUGAUGAGGUGUCUGCAAAGGCAUAUGAGCCUCACGUUGCUAAAAAAGAUAUAGAUGAUGAGUUCAAGACUCCAUUCCAAAAAUUCUCUGGAGAGGACUGUGAAGUGACUGCAACUGAACUUCCAAAGAUUCUAAACUGGGUUUUGGUGAAGAGAAAGGAUGUGAAAAGUGAUAGAUUCAACAUUAACACUUGCAUGGAGAUGAUCAGCCCUUUAGAUACCAAUGGGACCAGCAUCUUGGGACUUGUAGAAUUCAAGACUCUUUGGAUGAAGAUUCAAAAGUAUUUGACAAUCUAAAAAAAAGUAGACAGUGACUACUCUAGUCACUGAUGGCACUCUGGUGCCAUCAACUCCCACGAGAUGCAAAAUGCCCUCAGAAAGGCAGGUUUCAGGCUCAAAGAUGAGGUGCAGCACAGCAUCAUCACCUGCUAUGCUUGCAGCAGCAAACUGACCAUCAACUUCGAUGGCUUUGUGGCCUGCAUGAUCCACCUGGAGACCCUGUUCAAAGUGUUCUGUCUCCUGGACAAAGACAAGAGUGGAGUCAUCCAGAUCUCCAUGCCCGAAGUAAGGCUGGUCAGGUUGAAAUACCACUACAUCCAGCUGCAGCAGUAG